GUUGACUAUUGCUGUGUACUGCUGUUAUAUUUACAGACGGAUGUUACAGCGAUAUUUUAGAAGAUAAUUUCAAUAAAACAAAUGUGACGAGUGUAACGAUCAGCUCUUGUUAGUGCAAUAUUUUUGCUGUCAAGUGCUAAACCUAACAAUCAUCCAUAAUUAAAUGAAUAAUAAGCUUUGAAUUAUUACGAAAAUUGUUUUUGGUCCGAAAUAAUCUAGUGUUUGUUCGAGAUGGAGCAAGAUGCGCAAGAAGAGUUGCAAUUUGUAGUAGAUGACGUGAGUACCAUUAUCAAGGAAGCAAUUGAAGUGUCAAUAGGUGGCAAUACUUAUCAGCAUAAUAAAGUUAAUCAAUGGACUUCGAACGUGGUAGAGGCUUGCUUGGGCAAUCUUACAAAAUUACAGAAAGCCUAUAAAUAUAUCGUGACUUGCACAAUUAUGCAGAAAAACGGAGCUGGACUUCAUACUGCAAGUUCAUGUUACUGGGAUAAUGCUACUGAUGGCAGUUGCACAGUACGCUGGGAAAAUAAAACUAUGUAUUGUAUUGUAUCUGUUUUUGGAUUGGCUCUAUAAAUUUAUGUCUGUGUAACAAAUUUUGCGUUUGAAAAGAAUUCAAUAUUUUGGCAAUUAUGAGGUAUUGAGUAAAUGCCAUACUUUCGAAGAUAAAACAUUUUGUUCUUUCGAUAAAACUUAAUAUUUUUGCAGAAAUUGCAGAAAUUAGGGAAAUAGCAGAAUAUGACUAUGCUUAAAAGUUACACAACGCAAUGCUUAAUAUAUGUAAUAUACUAAAAUUGGACAUGUAUACACAAAAUAGAUUAUGCUGAGAUAUAUUUAA